ACUUUACGACUUGGGCCAAGUGGGCAUGCUUAACAAUAGGGCAAACAUGAGCGGUAAAAAUUAUCAUGAUAAUAAUUCAAAGAACUAUCUUUCAUUGCGCAAACGGCAUAAAAACUAUAAUGAAGUUGACAAAGAUUCGGAAGCGGAGAGCUCAAAGAAACAUAAGGAAGAAAUUGGCAACAAUGAGUACAAAGAACAAAGAAGUGUUUCUCCGAAUGUUGCUUGUAUUAGUGGUGGUGAACACUCUCACAUGGGUGAUCAACUGAUAGAAGGAGGUCAAUUGGGAGAAAUGACGAAUAAACGAUCAUACAGGGAAGUUCGACAGUAUUGGACCGAUCAUCACGUGGUUAGAUUCUAUUUUGUGACAAGAGUUUACAAUCCCUAUGUUGAAUCUAUUCUGAAGGACUUUAAAGAUGACCCAAAACCGGAUUUUGUCAUAAUGAAUUCCACUUUGUGGGAUAUUUCCCGUUACGGUAGUAAUUCUAUUGCAGAAUACAAAUCGAACUUAAACAAACUAAUGCAACGGAUGAAAGAAGUUCUUAAACCUUCAAAACACUUUUUGUGGUUGAUUACACCCGAAACAUCUCGGGAAAUAAGAGGUGGUUUCCUACUACCGGGAAAAUCAAAACUACAUAGCGACCUUAUAUUUUCAACAACUCAAGCCAAUCACUUUUGUUCUCAAAUUAUUCCAACUUAUGGUUUCGACGUGCUAGAUCUCAAUUACUUUAUGCAAACGCAAAGUCAUAAACGUGAAAGGGACGGAAUUCACUGGAAUAGCCAAGCUCAUCGAAGAAUAACGAAUUAUAUUGUUCAACAUCUAUGUUCAGUUUGUAUCGACAGGGGUAGCGAUUAA